AUGCUUCAAUUUAAUGUUAACUCUAUCUAUCAAUUUCCUCUUCAUCUCUUCUCUUCCUCUUUUGUUAUUCUUUCAUGUUUUUGUCUGAAACAUCCAGACGUUAUCUCCGUUUUCCAGAGCAACGAAAGAAAAUUGCGAACGACCCGGUCAUGGGGUUUCCUUGGACUAGAGACAAAAAGUGGAGAAGUUCCAAGGAGCUCAGUUUGGAACAAGUCAAGGUUUGGCGAAGAUGUCAUCAUCGCAAAUCUUGAUAGUGGUGUUUGGCCACAGCGAGCGAGCUUCCGUGAUGAAGGAUAUGGACCAGUGCCGCUGAGAUGGAAAGGUCGCUGUGAGGAGGACAAGACAGAUAAUCCAAUCCAAUGCAAUAAGUACUCUCAUAUUCAUUUGCUGCAAAUAUAUCCAAACCUACAAUUGGAAAAAGUGCGAGCUCCUAUAAUGGCUGAUUUCUCAUCUAGGGGACCCAACAUGGUUCAGCCAGCCAUUCUCAAGCCGGAUAUCACUGCACCAGGAGUCGACAUACUUGCUGCUUAUUCUGCAUAUCCAAGAGCUAUAUCUGGUGGAGAAGUUUUCAGGAUAAGAAAUGGAACUUCAGUAUCAUGCUCUCAUGUCACUGGCAUAGUGGGCCUUAUUAGAGCACUCUAUCCAGAUUGGAGUCCAGCUGCUAUCAAAUCUGCUAUCAUGACAUCUGCAACAAAAAAAGACAACACCAAUGCGUUUAUACAGAAUGAAUCACAGAGAAAUGCAACUCCGUUUGACUACGGGGCAGGACAUGUUCAUCCAAGCCGUGCUGCUGAUCCAGGUCUUGUUUAUGACUUGACUGCUAAUGACUACCUAAACUUUCUAUGUGCACAUGGCUACAAUCAAAGCAUUAUCAGGAGAUUUUCUGAUAGGCCUUUCACGUGUCCCACGAAGCCAAUUAGUGUUGCAAACUUGAAUUAUCCAUCACUAACAAUUCCAGAUUUGCAAGGUCGAAUUACCGUAUCAAGAACGGUGAAGAAUGUUGGUACUCCAGGAAAAUAUAGUGUGAUUAUUAAAGAGCCAACAGGAGUGUCAGUUUAUGUUAAUCCAAGGACACUUCAUUUCAAGGAAACAGGAGAAGAAAAGACAUUCAAUGUUACUCUGGAGGUCAAGGCUGAUAAUAAUUCUUCAGACUAUGCGUUCGGAUACUUCACGUGGCUUGAUGGCAAACAUUACGUGAGAAGUAUUAUUGUAGUGAAGCUGAAGCUACACUGUCCACCCAUUCCACACGAGCAUUUCUACAAACACCUGGUUGGCUCUCCGCUAAAGGCUGAAACUACACAGCAACGCCGAACCAAAAACCAGAAUCCACGACAGUGGACAGGCACGCCAAAACAGAAAGAAAUUGAGAAUUUACAUUUGUUAAGUACUGUUUGUUCUGGUAGGAAGGAUAAGCUUGAUCUUGCUCUUCAAACCAAUCCGAUUGUGGAGGAAUAUGUGAAGGACCUGCCUUAUCUCUCCAAACAAUUGUUUGUUAUUAAAAACAACAAGUCACGCACGCUUCUGGAGUCUGGAAUUUCCUUGGAUGACAGGCUGUAUACGAAUGACAACUGGUUUUGA